GUGUGAUCAGCUGACUCUCCUUCCACUCAGUCGCUCAUCGUCCAGCAGCCCGAACACACCGAGUCACGGCCUCUCCAUGGAGCUGGACCUGUCCCGCCUGAGUGACGCCGAGGCCGAGCACGUCUGGGACGUGAUCCAACGAGACUUCAACCUGCGCAAGACGGAGGAGGAGCGGCUGGGGGGCCUGAAGACGAGGAUCCAGCAGGAGGACAGGAAGCAGCUGGGCGCCCGCUGCCUGCUGCCCUUCAGGUUCCUGCUGACCAGCAGGCGCUCGUGUCUGGACUGCCACCUGUUCACCUGCAAGAGCUGCAGCCGCGACAAGAGGGAGCACGGCUGGGUGUGUGACACCUGCCACAUGACCAGGGUGCUGAAGAUCGGGACCGUGGGUUGGUACCACGACGACGUCAGGAACCGCUUCCGGCAGCCAGCGCCAAGGUCAUGGUCGCUGUACAGAGGCUGA